AUGCGGCUGUGGAGCUUCAAUCGACUGGGGGGCAUCGCCUCCGAGCAGUUCGACAUCAACGAAGACGGUCUGCAGUUUGUGUCUGCAGUGCUGGGGUUUCUCUGGAUAGGCGAGGAGCAGCUGGGCUUCGAUCCGACCAUCAUCACAGCCGGGGACAAGCGGUACAUCGAGAUCGAGCGGGACGACGGCAAAGAGCGCCUCGUCAUCAACAAGAUGAUAAAGCGAGUAGCUUGUGUCGCCGGUCGUGCAACGACUUGCUGGAGAGUGCAUCGGGCAGACAAGCCCAGCACUUCGCUCGUAGUCAAAGACUCCUGGCAGUACCCGGAGCGCGAAGAAGAGGGCGAAAUGCUACGCGAAGCAACCGAGAAGGAUGUGGUGAACGUUGCAAGGUACUUCCACCACGAGACGGUCCGUGUCGGUGGUCAAGAUGACAACAUCCGCACCAAUGUACGCAGAGGCCUAGACAUAACGAAAGCAGAAAACUACACAAUAAAAAAGCCAAUGCCGCCGCCAAGCACGACUGGGCGGCGGGCUUCACGAAAAGAUAGAAGCAGUAGUCUCGCUGGGCGGAAGCGAUCCUCAAGCUACACGGAUGCACCACUGCCACAUAGCAAGCGCACUUGCUCGAGCUCUCCGACGAAACCGGCCAUUGCGAACCGCAUCCAUCGACGUGUCAUUGUGCGUGACUACGGGAAGCCCAUCUACAAAUCAAGCUCCCGGACCAGCCUACUUGCCGCACUGGAGGGCUGUAUCGAGGGUUACGAGUCCCUACACACGCAGGCGGGCAUGCUUCAACGCGACAUCUCACCGAAUAACCUGCUGGUGAACGAAGAGGACAACUCGUCAUGGCCCGCCUUCCUGAUCGACCUUGACCUUGCAAUCAAGGAGCAGCGCGAGCAAGCUUCGGGAGCGCGUGGGAAGACCGGCACGCGAGCUUUCAUGGCCAUUGGAGUGCUCUUUGAUGACGAACAGCACUUGUUCAUGCACGAUCUCGAAUCGUUUUUCUGGGUGCUCUUUUGGAUCUGCAUUCACUAUGACGGACAGCAGGAGAGGAUCGUUCCACGAUUUGACAAAUGGAACUAUCUUGACGCUGAAGAACUAGCUGAUUCGAAAAAAGGAGUUGUGGUUGAUGAGCGAGACUUUCUCAAGACAGCGCAGACGAACUUCACGCCAUAUUAUCAGUCGCUGAUAUCUUGUGUCAAUAAGCUUCGAAGAAAAGUAUUUCCCAACGGCGAGAGAUGGAGGGAUCCUAGCCCGCAGCUGUACCUUGAUAUGAAAGGGAUCCUCCGCGCAGCUCGGAAUGAGCUAGAAGAAUUAGAAGGAUGA